CUCAUAUCAGUACGUAGCAUCCCACAAAUUGGUCGAUGUGGGAAGAGCUUUUCCCCAUCGCGCACGUGCGCGAUCCCCCAGAUCAGUGGCAUAUCUUCUCAAGUUCGGGCGUCUGGGUCUUCGUGAUUUUUCCGGCGUGCGAGAGUUUGCUUAGUGAGCCGCCACGCUCGGUCGAAGUCGGUUGGCCUUUUCUUCUCUCGAAGUUUUCUUUACCGCGGGAAACGUGCGCCGCACAUAUCGCUCGCUGCUAUUUUGUUUAUACAAAAAUUACUUAAAAGAAUAAUAAUUGAAUGGCAACUGGGGACGGGCUCUCACUUUGAAGCGAAAUUAAUUUUGGAUCCAUCGCGCAUAACACAUAUUGCGCCAGCGGCAAUCGUAGUGCAUAUUCCCGAUUGCGAAAUAGUUUGUUUAUAUUGAGCGUUUCUGUAUUUGCUGUUGUUCAACCUGUUGUACGCGAAAGUUUUGAAAGUGAAUGCCUAUAGAAUCGGAUUUAAUUGUGAGCGAUGCAAAGAAGCGUAAAAGAAUAUGCGCAACGGGAAGAAAAUAUUUCGAAAUGAAAUCACAAAUCGAAAAGUGAAAUCUUUGCUAAGUUAAAAAACCAGGCGCCAGUGCAAACGUUAGCAAACAUCAUAUAAUUCUGGCCACAAGUUUCUGUUUUAUUGGCCAUUAUGAAGCAGUUGUUCAAUAUAAUACACUGUGAUCAUUUGAAUGGGCAUGUACGCUCUAUUUAUGAUAAUUUAAAUACAGAUGUUUGUGGCAUUGACCGUGUGAGGCGUGUUUUUGCGUGCUUGAGCAUUUUUGUGCUACUUUUGGGAUGGUUAUUUGUUUGGAAACGAUAUAAAAAAUGCCAUAAAACAUUGCUAAUGUUUCACAAUGGACGUGCGGCGGUUUCCCUGCUCCUGCUGGCUGUGAAUAGCCUGGAACUGGCCAGGACCCUUCUGCCCCCUCGCGAUGUUCGCCAGCUGAACCAUCUUUUUAGGCUGAGCCCCAGGGAUCGAAACUAUUUGCUUGUGGUUGGGUCCGGAGAAGUAUGGAAUGCGCUAUUCUCCACUUUGCUGACUCUUUGGCUAAUGCUGUACCAUCGCAUGGUGGAGCGCAAGAAGUCGACAGUGUUUCUGUACGCCAGUACCGCCGUGGAGGUAUUGACAUUUGCCCUGCUCACCAACGAGCUGUCUGAGCUGGCGACCUGCGAGGAUUUGCUGGAGCUCCAGACGUGCCUUGUGGGCAUGUCUGCCUUGUGCAUGAUGGCCUUGGCACUGCUGGACGGGCUUACUAUAUAUAAAGAGUGCUAUCACGAUGACUACGUGGACGACUAUGGCAAAAUAGGCUACAAGCACUCGCUGGCCACCUUCUAUUCCAAGUCCUGUUUCUGGUGGCUAACACCUCUGCUGUGGUUGGGCUACAAAGAGCCGCUGGAACUGGAGGAUUUGGGUGAAAUGAAACUGGAGGAUAGUGCCAGAUCGCAUUACGACCACUUUCUGUACAUCUACACCGAGAAAAAGAAAAAAUCAAAUUCGUCCCCAUCCCUGUGGUAUUGCUAUCUGAAGAACAGUUGGCGCAUGUUUGCCCUGGGUGGCAUUUUGAAACUGGCCGGUGAUUUAUUUGCCCUGAUUGGUCCGCUGGCCAUACAGCAAAUAGUGGAAUAUAUUGAGCAACUUUAUGCCCAGGCUUCAAGGCCGGAAGUGCCGUCGGAGGAGGAGUCGUCCGGUCUGCUGUCGACCUCCAAAGUGAGCACCGAAUUCGACGAUGUCUUCGGCACCGACAUCGGAACAGUGAGGGUGUACAGCAGCACCUGGUCGGAUCUGUUGGCCAAUGGCUGGUGCAUCGCCUGGAUCGUCCUGCUGGCCGCAAUCACACAGGGAGCCUUGUCGCAGGCCUCCACGCACAUCCUCAACAUGACCGGCAUCAGGAUUAAAACGUCCCUACAGGGUCUAAUUUAUAGAAAAAGUUUGCUUCUAAAUGCGGGCGGUGGGUGUGAUGAAAGCCAUUCUGCGGAAGAAAUUCGGACAACUUCUCCUGCUCCGGAUGGCAAACAAAAAAACAAUGAGUCCAAGUCUACGCAAGAGCAUGUGGACAAUUUAAGCGAAUCAAAUGCCAGCAAUGACAUUGGUAGUAUUACCAACCACAUGACGGAGGACACCCUCAACAUUAUGCAAUUCUUCUUGAUCAUCCACUAUGCCUGGGCCAUUCCAUUUAAGAUAUCUGUGGUUAUAUAUUUAUUAUAUGUAAAUUUGGGAAUUAGUGCAGUUAUUGGAUCCAUUGUGUGUAUAGUGAUAAUGACUCCCCUGCAGUUUGUAAUUGGAAAUGCAAUGUCAAAAAAUGCCGAGGUUAUUGCGAAAUAUACCGAUGAGAGAUUGAAAAAAAUACACGACACACUGGUGGGCAUCAAAGUCAUUAAACUGAAUGCCUGGGAUGAGGUGUUCCUCAAAAAGAUUCAAGAGGCCCGCAAGAAUGAGAUUAAGUAUCUCAACAAGGAUGCAGUUUUUUGGACACUUAUGGCCGUACUUACACAUGUAGCCACCGUUUUGAUCACAUUUGUGACCCUGGGUGUUUAUGUGUGGCUCCAUCGGGACGAGGAGUUCGACUUGAAUGCCAGUCGCCUGUUUUCCUCGCUGGCACUUUUCCAGCAGCUCACAGUUCCGCUGCUGAUCUUUCCCAUCACCGUGCCCAUUAUCAUAGCAGCCAGGGUAUCCACGCGACGCCUGGAGCGAUUCCUCAAGUCCAGCGAGAUCCAGAAGCAGUUCGAGGGCAUCCGAAACAUGGCCAGAAUCUUAAGCAAGAGCGAUGCCUCGUUGGAUAUGUACGAAACGCAGGAGAAGUCGAAUAUGACAAUGCGAACGGCACAAGCGGAAAAUCGGUUAAAUGAGAAGCGACUGGCGCAAAAGUCUCAGGCUCCGGAAUUGCCCACCAACUCCACUCCGUUGUUGCAACAUAAUGAGGAAUCCAAUGCGAUCCAGGAGGUCGGUCACAACAAGAUAGUGCAACAGCGCCGCGAACUGCUCCGGAACACUCCAUACGUGGCCAUCCGGCCACCGAAAAUGCGCGGCAGUGUGGCGGACAGACCCGUGGAGUUCUCGGUCAUCCGGGCCCGGAACACGGAUAGCUGGCGACGGGAUUCGCUGCUGCUCAAAAUGCCCGAUGACAUUGCCGUCUCCAUCAACGACGGCCUCUUCACGUGGCAGCCACAAUGCCAAAGCCAAAGCCAAAGCCAAAGCCAAAGCCAGAUGCCACUGGUGCAGCUGCAUGUUCCCGGCAUCAUUGUGCCCAAGGGCAAGCUGACCAUCGUGGUGGGCAAAAACGGCAGUGGCAAGACGUCCCUUCUAUCUGCCCUGCUCAUGGAGAUGCCGCUUCUGGCGGGCAACAUGUUUUGGCACAAAACCUGCACAAUUUCGUACGUUUCGCAGCAGCCUUGGCUCUUGAAUGACACCAUUCGGGAGAAUAUACUUUUUGGGGAAUCCUUUCGACCGAAACGAUAUGAUUUCGUGCUGGAAGCCUGUGCCCUCAAACCAGAUAUUGAAAUAAUGCCCAGAGGCGAUUUAACUGUGAUAGGAGAGCGAGGAAUAAACAUUUCCGGUGGACAGAGACAGCGGGUGGCUAUAGCUCGAGCUAUAUACUCAUCGGCUAAUGUUGUCAUUAUGGACGAUCCCUUGGCUUCGCUUGAUAACGAGGUGGGCGAGCACAUAUUUCAGCACUGCAUACGACAGAUGUUACAAAAGUCAAAUCGAACUUUUAUUCUUGUGACACAACAAUUACAACGCAUAAAGGAAGCCGAAUAUUUGAUUGCAAUCAAAGAUGGUCGCGUCGAAGCUUGUGGUAGUUACGCGGAUAUUGAGCUAAUGCAUCCGCGUAUUACUUCCAAAUGGAAUUCGAUUAUUGCCAUGGCGCAGGCCAAGAAAGAUAAUGUUUCACAAAAUCCAGGCGAACGAACGGCUGGGGAGCGUUGGAAACUGCUGCGAAAUGUGAGCAAGUUGGGACUGCAGCGUUCGAUCUCGGUGACAAUGGACUCGAAUGCCGGAUGCAAUGCAGAUGCGACUGAUGGCAGUGGUUGUAUUUCAGUGGCUAAUAUGCAACCAAAUGUGGUCGAAGAGGAUGAGGAGGAUGACCGAGUGUCGGCGUCAUAUCCCAUUGGCCAUGGAUCUUGUGGAUCGUUCAAUCUGCAGCGAAAGCGAUCCAGCAUCUAUGGCUCCAGGCAUUUGAUGUACGAUGUUCCCCUGCCGAUCGACGAGUGUCAGGGCGAUGAUGUGAUCAUGCGACCCCGUCGCCGGCAUACCCUAAGUCGUCGUGGCAGUCGAACGACCAACUCCUGGCACCGAUUGAGUGGUCUGAGCACUCUGACGGCCACUUCCGCCUCGAGUUCCACCAGCGGCGAUCUCCUGAGCCGCAGUGCCCUGGCCACCAGUUGCAGCAGCUAUGGGGAAAGCAGUGUGGAUGGCAGCGACUUGGUCGCAACACCGCCAGAACCUCGAGUGCAAUCAUGGCAGCCGCCCCAGAAUGCAGCCCAUCAACCUCUGUCCCGGAAUGCUUCAUCACCGCCCGCCAUGGAGGUGGCCAAUCCCGACAAUAAGGAGUCGGAGCCGCCAAUGAAGGCCAAUGCAAGCGCAGAGGGUCCUUUGGAUGAGCAGGUGCGAGGCAGUUUCCAGCAGUUCCUGCGACGAAUGUCCAUGCGGCGUUCCAAUAAGCCCAAGUCCCAUCAUCAUCCUUUGAGCGCCACCAACUCCAUUUUGAGCAUUUCUGAGGAGUCUCCUCCCGUUCUUCAUUUUCCUGCUCCACUUUUGGCGACGGAUGCUUCGCCCCACUGUAAUUUUAUUCAAGGGGAAUUGCCAUCAGAGGAAAAGCCCAAAAAAUGCGUAAAUAUUGACUCGAAGGAAGUCACAAUAAAUUGCGCUGACAAUUGCGAAUCAGCAACCGACAAAGAAUCGGGGCCAAACGUGACCUCCUCAGUCGCCCAGGAGCAGCGCUGCGAAGGACACGUGCUGGUGGCUCCGGCAGGUGAAUCCGGCCAGGUGGCUGGUGCAUCGAUGGCGGUGGCGGUGGCGAAGGUGGCCAGGACUGCCAUUGAUACCGAACGCAAAUAUGGCAAAAUAUCGGACGACAUAUAUCUAAUGUACCUGCGGGCCGCCGGACUGCCCAUAAUCACAGUCUUUUUUAUCACAGCACUAAUUUGGCAGUGUUUGCGUAUCUACACGGACGUUUGGCUGCAGCAAUGGAGCGAUGUCCAUGUGAAGGGACUGGGAGGGGAUCUGAAUCGGGACCAGAUCCUCCAUCAGGACGAAAGGCCACUGGAUGGCACGGAGGAGGGCCACGAAGUCACGUACUAUUUUCGCAUGUAUGCCGCAAUUUCGUGUGUUUGCAUUAUAAUGGCCCUGGUUUCAACACCGGCCGGACAAUACGCCGGCUGUAAUGCCCGUCGUAAUUUGCACGAUAAGCUGCUGCAAACGAUUUUGCAUAAAACGUUGCAUUUUUUCCAAGUGACGCCGCUCGGACGUAUUGUGAAUCGUUUCAGCAACGAUAUGGCCGUCAUUGAUAAGAAAAUUGCCGCCACUGGCCAACGGCUGCUGCAAUUCACUUUGCUCUGCCUGUCGGCAAUUUUGAUAAAUGUAACCAUCACUCCCUGGAUAUUGGUUCUCACCCUGCCGAUCUGCGGAGCCUACUAUAUCAUACAAAAGUUCUACAGGUGUUCAGCAAGAGAAUUGCAGCGGAUUGAAAACGCUACCAAUUCCCCUGUAAUAUCGCAUCUAUCCGAAACUAUUCAAGGAGUGACCACGAUUCGCGCUUUCAAUCAGCAGACGCGAUUCACAGAGAUUUUGUUUAAACGUCUGGAGGCCAACACCAUUGCCUAUGCGUUGCUAAACACCAGCCAUCGAUGGCUUGGAGUAUCACUGGACUAUUUGGGUGGAUGCAUUGUUUUUGUGGCCACUGUGACGGCACUGGCAACGGCGAGCGUCAGUUGCAGGAGCCACUACGACAGCUACCACCACCAUCAGCACCACCACCACCACCACCACCAGCACCAUGAGGCAUCCGAAACUUAUGCUGUCAAUAAAAGCCCGCCGGAGCCCGCCUCCGAGCUGAGACCCUCGCCCUCGCUGGUGGGUCUGGCCAUAAACUACACGUUGUUGGUGCCGAUUUACCUUAAUUGGGUUGUAAAACUUUUGGCUGAUAUGGAGAUGUAUGCGGGCUCCGUGGAACGCAUCGCCCACUAUGCCCAGGAACAGGAACAGGAACAGGAUCCGCAUUCGCAUCCGAACUUGGACUUGGAUGCGGCGGCGGCCGAUGAAGAUGUGAGCGGCGAAGUCGAUAGGUCGACCCAGUCGAAUGCCGGUGACAAAGUUUACCCAAGCGCAACGACAGCUGCCGGUGAUGUUGAUGAAGAUGGAGGUGGAGAUGGAGAUGGAGAUGGAGCAGGAGCUUCACCUGAAUCAGGGAAAGGACAUGAAGCUGGAGCAGGAGCUGGAGCUGAUAAAUUAAAUGCAGGCAAUGCAACCGGCGACGGCAAUCACUUAAGCUUCCACUUCCUCACGGCGACAGCUGGCGACAAGGUGGAGCAGGCGACGACAAAGACGCCGGUGAUUAAAGAUAAGCAACUGCCACCGCAGGACGAGUUGGCCGAGAAGGUCGAGCAGGUCGAGAAGGUCCUGCCAAAUGAGUCGGCCAGGAAGCUGGAGCGCUAUCAAAGCGUACCCAUUUCUUGGCCGCAAAGAGGAGAUAUCAAUUUCGAUAAUGUCAGUCUGCGAUACGAAGGCCAGAAUCAAAAUGUCAUCAGCAAUCUAACAUUGAAAAUUCCUGCCGGUCAACGGAUUGGCAUCUGUGGUCGCACUGGCAGUGGCAAAUCAUCCUUGGGCCUGUCCCUUUUCGGGGUCCUGCAAACCACCAGGGGCCACAUCUACAUUGACGAUGUGGACAUCCAACGAAUCCGCCCAGACGACCUGCGAACCAGAUUGUCGAUUAUUCCCCAGGAUGUGCACUUGUUCAAUGCAACCAUACGUGAAAAUCUUGAUCCACACGGUUACUUCCCGGACCUGCAACUGUGGAAUUGCCUCGAGUUGGCGCAGCUGAAGGAGUUUGUCAACGGGCACCUUCCCCUCGGUUUGGACACGGUGAUAUGUGACGGUGGGGUCAACCUGAGUGCUGGCCACCGGCAGCUGUUGUGCCUGGCACGCGCCAUCCUGCGGGGCUCCGUGUGCCUGGUCCUGGACGAGGCAACAAGUGUCCUGGACAGCAGCACCGAGAGUGCACUCCUCAAGGCGGCGGACCUGGCCUUCCAGGGGCGCACCAUCAUUACCAUCGCCCACCGUCUGACAACUAUUCUGGAUUAUGACCGCUUAAUCGUGCUGGACCAAGGGCGAAUCAUUGAAGAUGGCAAUCCCAGGGAGCUCCAACAGCUGCCGGGCUCCGUUUUUCGUGGCUUACUGGAGAGAGGGGCUAGCAAAUGGUAGAGUUUCCUGCGUAUAUUUUUUUUUUUUACGAUAACUGUGUCAUAUAGUGAUUCUUAAGUGAAUGUGUUCCGAAAAAAAGCUUUUACUUUUAUGUCCUAACAUAUGCAUUCGGUUCAUUCGAAAACCACGAUAAACAUUUCAGCUGACUAUUGUAACAUAUUUAUUAGCGCUUAAUGUAUUUCAAAAAGCUUUUAUAUUUACAUCCUGUAUUCCCAAGUAUUUUUUUACUAGUCAUGUUUAGUAAAACUCUAAGCCGAAGUUUU